AUGCCGGUGACCGAACUCGCCCUCCUCCGCCUAAAAGCGCAAGCCCUAUCUUCCGCGAAUACUACUGUCUUAGAAGCCCAGAAGGCAGUAUCCGAAUAUUCAGGCCAUCAAGUUACAUAUCUCCGCCAAAUUGAAGACCCGGAAUCUUUUUAUCUGCUGGGCGGGUGGGAAUCUAUCGAGAAACAUACAAGCGGAGGCGUGUGGACGUCAUCCGAAGCCAACCAGAACCUACAUGCGAAAGUGAAGGAUACUCUUGAUGCUAGUUGGAUGUUUCACUUGGACCUUGAUCCAUCCACAUCCAAAAUCCCACUAGAUGCACCUGUCAUCGCUAUAACUCGUUGUUUUGUCGAGUCAAGCAAGAAAGCUGAAUUUGACGCUGUGUUCAACGUUGGCGUGGCUGAUUUGAAUGCCGCCACGGCUCCGUUCACUUCCUGCGGUGCAUGGCGCAUCGAUAAAGAAGCCGACGAUGAGGAAUUUGUACUUUUCAGUGGAUGGAACCAAGUGCAGGAUCAUUUUGAUUUCGCAGGGUCUGAGAUUUCCAAGGAGUUUAGGAAGAUUCAGGCGUUGAUGAAGGAUGCGGAUGUUAAGCAUGUACGUAUUGAGAAGUGGGAGUAA